AUGUUGGAGACUAUUUCCAAGUUGUUUUCCGGAUCUAAAGAGGAGCCUAGCACCGGCUCCAGUGAUGGGCAGCCACAAGUCGCAGCCGCCGCUGCGCCGGCUCUCGACCCGGCGAGCCCUGAGUGGCUGAGCUACUACGCCAAGGUUGCCCCCCCAGAAAUCAGCAGGUGGGUUAACCCCGAGGAUGGCUCGGGCUCCAUCCCGUACGCAAAGCUGGUCGAGAACCUCAACACCCUCAACAUCCCUGCUGUCCCCAUGAAGGCCUUCAGCCCUGAGACGGCUGAGGAGGUUGCGUCACGGAGUGCCUCCAAGGCGUCAGGCGGGUACGUCCGCGCGGCCUCCCUCAAGCAGCCCCGUGGAAGGUCUGUGAACAGCGCGCAGCGCUCAGCAUCUGAAGCUCCCAGGGAACUGAACGGCGCAGGUCAACUUGCGGCUCAGGCCUCCUCGGGUCUGGGGGCGCGCGGAGACUCUCGCCUUCGAUCCGCCAGUAUCGCCUCCGGCGUGCCUUUCUCUGGCGCGGCACACACGCCUCAAGGUCCGGCCUCACGCCUGCACAGCGACGCGCCCUCGGAGCCGGCUCUGUGUCUGCCUGUGACGUCGACGAUCCGUUCCUAUGUUGGUCCAGUCGCCGAUGUGCGGGGCCCCAUUACGGGCAUGAGGAUUGGCGAGCUUUCCCGCCCAGGCCCGAACUCGCAGGUCCCUCCCAACUACGUCGAGGUCGUUAACUCGUGCCACGUGCAGCCGCACGGCGUUCCGUCCACUUUUCAGCUUCGCACGGAGGGCUCGAUGCAAGAUGGCGCCUCCGCAGGAACGCCCGCGGCGGGUAUCAGCGCCCCUGUCGUCGCAACAACGAGCGAUGCCUUGGUGCAAGUGCGCGGAGCUGCGCCGGCAUCGAACGGUCCCUUCCACAAGCCGCCGCCAAUUUUUCUGCAGCCCGUCACGGCACAGACCCCCACAGCUGGCGCAGGCCAAGAAGGCUCUGAAUCCCUUUCGGCCACCAAAGGCGUCGUGUACAAGCUGGGUCAGUACGUGUGGAGUGAAGAGGACAUCAAGGCCGGAACUGGAAACAAGCCGGACUCUCCUCUGGACCCGCUGGUGCGUCAGAUCUGCUCCGGCGCGAUCUUCCCGAAAGUGCUAGGUGCGGAGGAACCCGCGGACGAAACACAGGCGCAACCCGCCGAAGCACAACCCGUUCAGCAGCCUGCCAUCAACAUCGAAGAGGUCAUCCCCGCCACGGCGCUCACCAUCGAGGAACUGGGCAUUCCGUCCAUCGUGAACUUCUGCAAGAGCAAACGCGCAGACCUGGAGAAGAUGACUGACGCUGCCGUGGCAGUUCGCGAGGACACGGAGAACCAAGAAAGCCUGUCCAACAAGGGUGGAAAAGGCGGUCUUUGCUCGGUCAGUCGGCUGUCCAAAGGAGCGGUGGUGUUCGUCGAGUUGCCUGUCAUCACCGCGGACGUCAGCGCCACUGGACUAUGGCCCUCGUUCCAAAACCUCACGGACGACCAGAAGGCCGUGCUUGAGAAGCUCGAGGGGAGCGCUGCCGACCUGACGAACACCGAGGCUUUGACAUGCGUCCUCCACUGCAAGAAUGCCGGCGCCCUCGCGUCCGCCGCAGCCUUCCAGGAGUUUUACGGAAAGAUGAAGCUGAACGCACAUUGCCUGAGCCGCGGGCGCGGCUGGGCCCUGUAUCCUCGUGCGGCUCGUGUCAAGCAUUCCUGCAGACCAAACGUCACCUACCGCAACCUGGACGGCCUACUCGUCGUCUUUGCCCUUGAAGACAUCGAGGCAGGUGCACCCCUUACGAUGAGCUACAUUGAUCAGCUCUACCUUCCGACGGAGGAGCGCCGCAAGCGGGUCCUGGCCACGAAGCGCAUCUUCUGCCAGUGCACGCGGUGCGUGGACACCUGCCAAAAAGAAAGGAAAAUCCUGUGUCCCGAGUGCCGUCCUGUCAAGCUUCGCUUCACGGAGGACCGAGAGGCACGCGAGGCUGCUCAGAAGCAAAGUGAACUCGCUGUGCGCGUGCGCCCGAUGUUGCCGCCUCUUCCUGAAGGCGACGACGAAUGUGCAGCUUCUGAACGAAGCGCCAGCGACGGCCAGGAAGUCCUCGACACCGAGAGACCCGCGCAGCCGGUGCUCAAGAACUCUUCGUCCUUCGACAAGUCGUGCCACAGCUCAGACUACGAGGGUGGCGAGGAAGGAAAGUCGUAUGAUGGCUGCUCAUCCGACUGCGAGGCCUCAAGUGAUGGCGAGGACGAGCUUACCUACCGUUUGUACAGCAACGCCAAGUCCGAGAAGUCCAACGAAACGGAAGAGGUUGACUCUGAGCAGGAAGAGUCGCUCGCUGGUGAGGAGCAGGCUGCCGGCGCAGAGAGCGCGGAUUCCGAGACCGCGCGUCAGAGCAGCACGACAGCUUCCCCGCUCUCAAGCGAAAACGAGGCCAGCGCGGACUCCACGAGAGACGCGAAGCAAGGCAAGAAGGCUCAGGGUGGCAAGCCUCUGAUGAGCCUGACGUCCUGUGACACUAUGGGUAGUGCAAAGCUUGCCGGUGUGUCGAGCGAGGGUGGUGAGUGUUGGGCUAGCAGUGAUUCAGAGGUCGAACAGACCAGCAGCUUGGCUGGUGAUUCUGAGAAGGAGGCCGAUCCGGAGCGUGAGGAGAGGGAACGUGAAGAGCGUCUGCGGGCGGCGGGCGUCCCCAUGAACUAUUGCGUCUACAUGGGGGAGGACUUUUGGCACUGCCAUACUUGCCAGAAGACGUUCCGCGACGAAGACAUGCCGAGUGGAAUGGAACGAUAUCUGGUGGGCAAGUACGCUGUUCUCCGGGAGAAGUUCGGGCGGCCGUGCCCUGAGGAGUGGAACAACGAGUGUGGAAAGCUCGUGCGGACUGUCGCGAAGGUCCUCGGAACUGAGCACUGGCUGUAUGCAGCAGGCCAACUGUUGCUUUCGCAGCUGUACCUGGGCAUGUGGAUGGGUGGCCUCGUGAUCGAGGAGGUGUUCUCCAAGGCCGCAGCGCAUGCAGAAACUUUCCUUGAGUUCGCAAAGCGCUCGGUUCCUGAGGCCCUGUCCACGGAUGCAGCACCUCUCAUGGUCGCGCUGCUGCGCAUCCUGCUUUUCAACGGAAAGGGGAAGGAGUUUCUCGAUUGGACUGAACGCCGCGGUGCUCUCACGGUGAUCCGCGAGUCCCUCGGCAAGUGGGACGAGGUGUACGCGGCGUUCGCAACCGCGUACCUGUAUGUGAAGAAAGAAGUGGAACAAGGCAACGAGCCGGGCCUUGCCACACUCCAUCGCUAUGCACAUGCGUCGCAGUACUCCCUUGCGUUGGACGCGAAAUACUACGAGGACAUCGAGAACGCGCGCCGCGCCAAAAUCGUUGAGGCGGAGGAGGCUGCGCGGCUCAAGGAAGAGGAAGCCCGCCGCCGCGGAGCGGAACGCCGGCGUCGCAUUGCUCAGGCGAAGCAGAAUAUCGCUGCUCUGAAGGCCGCCCCCCCUCUCGCCGCUCCGAAGAUCGCCAAGGACGUGACGAUGACGCACCCUGAAGGUAUCGUUCAGCAGUUCCUGAAGAAGAAUGCCGUGCCUGGGCACGAGGAGCCUGCCGCGCGUGCAGCGCGUCUUACCAAACGCGGCGGCGCGGACGUUACCACCCCGGACUGGGAGUCCUGCGCAACAAACGCGGAGCUCGCGGCUCACGUUGCGUACGACGAGGCCAAACGUCUGCAGCAACUGGCUGUCGAGGGCCGUUACCCGGCUAGCCUUGCGGCUCACAUGGGCAAGCCGGGCUCGGCCAACGGCACGUACUUGCCUCUGCUCAUGCUGGCGGAUCCUCUUCAAGCUCGCGCAGAGCAGCGUCGCCAACUGCGUGAGACCAUGAUGCUCCUUGAGCGCGAGCGGAGGAGAAGGGAACGGAUUGCUGGCGCUCUCCGUGACCCCAAUGAGGACGACGAAGAUGCUCUGGACUUCGAGGACGAUGAAAGCGAUAGUGGAGAACCCCUCCAGCAGGAAGCGCCGGAGACGGAGGAGAAAGAGGAGGGAUUCAUCUACAGAAUCCCCGGAAUGCACGGAACUGCUCCCGGCGAAUACGUGACCAUUUCGCAGCUGAACCAUACCAAGGAUGGAAGGUAUCCGCCGAUUCCCUUCUUCAAGUCUUUCUUCUACGUUGAUCACGAGGCGAGAAAACUGGGAAACGACCAGAAGGACAUGUCAGCCGUCACGGUGAUCGGAUGCGGCUCCGGCGGCCCUCCUCCACUCUCCUAUGACGAGUUGAAGGACAUUGAGGGAUUCAAGGAGGUCUAUCUGCAGAAGGAGGAUGAAGAGUACCGCCAAGAGCUUCAGGCACGCGUUAACUACCGCCUGGCCCAAAAGACCGCGGAGGCGGCCGCCGCGCUCCAGGCUUCCAAGGGCAAGAAGGAGGCAAAGGCCGUCACCUUAUUCCGUGAAUGCAUGGGCGAACCCGUGGUGGCUGAGGUGAAACAGCGCUUCUUGGACGGCAAAGGACUCCGCGAGCGCGAGCGAAACACCACUGCCGCGCUCUUGGCGGUGACGAAUGACGCUGUCCGCGAAAUGACUCUGCAUGAAGUGGAAACCCGGCGCCGCAUUGAGCAGUUCCAGGAAGCGGCUCGUCAAGAACACCAAAAAGCGCUCCAGGGACCCGCUCUGCACGCCGUCGAUCCCGAGCAUGCAGGCCAGCGCACAGUUGAUGGCAUCGCGUUUCAGGUGGGGUCUGAUGAGGAGCGUCAAGCCAUCAUGGCUAAUGAAGCGGACAACAAGCUCCGGCCUGUGGUGCUUACGGCUAAGCAGGAAGUCUUGUACCAACUAGAAGGAAACGAAAUCCAACAGUUCGUGGGUGGUGCGCUUUCAAGCAUGUCCCUUGAAAAUGGCGGCAAGGCCGUGUGGGACGUCCGGCCAGUCGCUGAGCCCCUGCAGAGGGCAUCCGACACCAGUGGCCUGGUCGAGCCCAGCGAGGAAGCCCACGUUAUGGAGCAGGAGGCGAUGCCGAAAGACAUGUCUCCUCCCUCUCCACAGGACGUCGCGCUGAAGCUGAAGCCGCUCGACUUCUCUCACAUCCCCCCGCCUCUUGGCGGAACGCUCCCAUCCCUUGAUUCCGCGUUCUCUCUCUCGCAUUCUCAGUACAAGCUCGUCCACCGGCAUGGUCUCCCAGCUGCAGGUGCGGGCGUCGCAGGGGCGUCUCUUGAAGUAGCGCCAGAGCUACAUUUUGAAGUUGCGCGGCCAUAUGGCAGCAGUCUUGCUCAAUCAGGAAACUUCAGCUUCCAGGCAGGAACUGCUCAUCUCAAUGGGACGAUCUGA